UAAGCACCUCCUGACUCCCGUGCUUCCUGCCGGAGUCUCCGUUGAUAAACCAAGCCAUUGAUGGCCAGGCGAUGGCUCACGUCUGACGCGAGCGCGGCCCCUCCGUCGCAGCAUUCCGGGUGGGACGUGAACCGGUCGGUCGUGAAGGUCGCCAUCGUCGGCAACGUGGUCGUCGUGCUGCUCUUCUUCGUCGCCAUCGUCUGGCGUCUCUUCUUCUCGGGGAGAGCUCAAGAAGGCGCCACGGCUCCCGGCGGCGGUGGGGUGGUCAUUGCGCCCUCCUCCAGGGAGAGCUCGCCGUGCGCGUCGCCUCGGGCUAAAGGGCUCAGGAAGGAGGACCUCACGUCGCUGUCGGUGUACGUCCACCGCGCGUCGGCAGAGGACGGCGGCAAGGUGGAGUGCGCGGUGUGCAUCUGCGAGCUCAGAGACGGCGACACCGGCCGGCGCCUGCCGAGGUGCGGGCACCGCUUCCACGCCGAGUGUGUCGACAGGUGGUUCCGCUCGCACGCUAUGUGUCCACUCUGCCGCGCUCUUGUGGCGGACGGCGGCUGAUCCGGUGAGGUCGACCCUCAUCGGUGAUCGAUAAGCACAAGUGAUUUUCUUGUUCAUGGUAACCUUUUGAUGAAACCAAUGUCGUUCGCCUUUUUUUUUGAAAAGGGGACUCCCCGGCCUCUGCAUCAUAAAGAUGCAUACGGCCACAAUUAUAUAAAUAAAUAAGUUCAGCAGAGUUUAGCGGU